CAGUCGAACGUUUCAAUAGAACAUUGCUGAACAUGCUGGGAACACUUGACAAUAAAGACAAAUCACAGUGGCGAAACUUCGUGAAACCCUUAGUACAUGCGUACAACUGUACAAAGAAUGAUGUAACAGGGUUCACACCUUAUGAAUUCAUGUUUGGUCGCCAACCGAGGCUGCCCAUCGAUCUGGCACUUGGGUUACCCUUGAGGGAUGGUGAGUACAAGUCUCACUCACAGUAUGUACAAAAGCUCAAGUCUCAUCUGGAAGAGAGCUACAAGAUAGCCACCCAAAACGCCACAAAGAUAGCAGCAAAGAACCAGGCAAGAUUCGACAAGCACGUCAAUGCCUCCAAGUUAGAGGCUGGCGACAGAGUGUUGGUGAGAGCUGUCCGUCUGCGCGGCAAACAUAAGCUUGCUGACAAGUGGGAGUCGGAUGUUUAUGUGGUGGUGAAGCAAGCUGGGGAUCUUCCAGUCUACAUCCUCAGACCAGAGAGCAAGGAAGGCCCUUUGCGGACUCUUCACAGAGACCUCCUACUUCCCUGUGGUUCUCUCCCACUGAAUGUUGAAAAGCCAGAAUUGCCAAAAGUACGCAGGCCACGAACACGCAAGUCAGUUGAACAGUCUGAUGAUGUCAAUGACCAGUGUGACUCCGAGGAUGACAUUCCAUACGAGUGGUUCAGAGAACAGCCAGACAAAGAAAUUGGAAGAUUUACAACUGUCUAUGAAAUUCCCAUAUCAAACAUCAAUCCUGAGUCCACCUUCUCAGAGAAUGAGGGAAGAAACAUAUCCAAACCUGUCGAUGCUCCAGUGGGUGAAGAUCGCUUACCCGUUAAUCCAUCUGGCGACUCGUGUAGCUCGGAUGCAGGAGACCUACCUGAUGCUCUGCCAGCUGCUGCCGGGAGUGGAUGUUCGCCUGCUACUUCUCGUACAACACCUGAAAAAGAAACAAGGGCUAAAGAAUCAAGAAGUGUAUACCUACCUUUCAGUAUCCCUGGAUCUGCUGGAGAUGACCUCCUUACUGAGAAAACUAUACAAACUCCUGAAAAGGAUGUCCCUGUUGAAAGAAAAGGGAGAGAGAUGAAUGAUGGUGCACAAGUUACCAGUGAUACAGUGCCAUCUGAAAGUAUUGACACUGAUGGACAAAGUAGCACUGUAAGGCGAUCAACCAGAAACCGAGAAAGACCUGAACGACUGCAGUAUUCACAUCUUGGAAGCCCACUUAUAUCCAUUGUCCAGUCUCUGUUUCAAGGCCUCAGUACGGCUCUUACUGAUGCUUUGUUGGAAGUUGAGGAUUCAAAAGCAAACCUGAACUCAUCCUCCAGACCUGUUACUAAACAGCCGCUCCCAUGCACAGAGGCGUGCAUGAAUUCAAGAGGGGAGGGUGUAACCAAGGUUAAAAAUCUAUAUUAAGAGCUAAGUUUAUAUUAAAAAGUCAAUUCAUUAAGUAUGUUAUUAAUGUUAAAGAUUAAAAACAUAUUUGUCUAAAAAGCAAUUCAACUGAGAGAGAAAAUAAAUAGGAAGUUUAUUUUGAAGGAGGUGGGUUGGGGAUGUGCUGUCAGCCAAUCAGGAAGAAGCUCGGACUGUUGACCUGCACGGAGCAGAGUUCACUUCCCCUUGAGCUGUUGGAAGAAUAGAGAGCAAACCCCACGUCGAACUAUACCUACCUCGUCAAGACAUUCCAAUAGAAGUUGUUAAAACUCAGAAUAAAAACUCUUAAAAACAAUCCAGUGUGGAGCCCUGGACCUGUGAGAGUGCAGCCGGAGAGAACUGACGUGUCACUCACGAAGAAAACGCAUCGGUCAGGUUUUUUUUUAUUGGACCCUUUGAACCUUUGAUCUACCUGGAUGUUGGAGCCUGGAUCGAGACAUUGAUGGCGAGCCACAGCCCAGAGGAGAACUAGAGAUACGGCGCCUGCAGAUUUCAACACUUCAUUACACACACACGCACCCACCACCAACUG